GUCGUUGAUCAGUGAACUGCUGACGGCAGAGUAGGACGAAAGAGUAAAGCUAUUUAUACUGAUUCAGUGAUUUAGAGUUCAAACGAUUGAUAUGAAAGCUCUUGUGAGUUUGUUGAUCCUGAUAGCUAUUGCUGCUGCAGCAAAGAGUGAGGAGGAAUGGUGGUCAUCAAUGUCCUUGUAUCAAAUUUAUCCCAGGAGUUUCAAGGACAGUAAUGGAGAUGGGGUUGGAGAUCUCAAAGGCAUUAUCGAUAAUUUGGAGCACUUGGUGGACUCUAAAGUAACUGCAUUCUGGAUAUCACCAAUUUACCCCAGUCCAGGGGUAGAUAUGGGAUACGAUAUUUCGAAUUUCAUUGAUAUCGAUCCCUUAUUCGGCACAUUAAACGAUUUUCGCAGUUUGUUGGAGAAAGCUCACAGAAUGGGCCUCAAAGUGCUGAUGGAUUUUGUACCAAAUCAUAGUUCAGAUCAGCACGAAUGGUUUCAAAAAAGUAUUAAGAAUAUUCCACCGUACAAUAACUAUUACAUUUGGGCGAAUGGCACCGUCAAAGCUGAUGGUACUCGUGCUCCACCGACCAACUGGGUGAGCGUAUUUGGAGGUCCAGCUUGGACAUGGAAUGAUGAAAGACAAGCGUACUAUCUUCAUCAAUUCGCUCCACAACAGCCAGAUCUCAAUUAUCGUUAUGAACCUCUUAAAGAUGAGAUGAAGAAUGUUUACAGAUUCUGGCUCGACAGGGGAGUCGACGGAUUCCGAGUCGACGCAGUUAAUCAUGUGUUCGAGACUGAAAGUCUUCAGGACGAACCGCUAUCAGGGAACACUAAUGAUCCAAAUAACUACGGAUACUUGAAUCAUAUUUAUACUAAAGAUCAGCCGGAGUGUUAUGAAUUGAUUCAGGAAUGGCGGAAGCUGCUGGACGAGUACAAGGCAAACGGAGGAGAAGAACGUGUCAUGAUCUUGGAAGCUUAUACGGACAUCAAUUUGACGAUGAAAUACUACGAAUCUGGAGGCAGUUUCCCUUUCAAUUUUGGAUUCAUUCAGCGACUGAACGCGAAUUCUUCGCCUGCUGAUGUCAAAGUUGUCAUUGACGAGUGGAUGACAAGAAUGCCAGAGGGUCAUAUAGCCAAUUGGGUGAUUGGAAAUCACGACCAAAAGCGAGUUGCAUCACGUUAUGGAGCUGAACGAGCCCAGGGUAUCACCGCGCUACUGCUCCUGCUACCUGGAGUACUGAUAACGUAUAAUGGUGAUGAGAUUGGAAUGCCUAAUAACUACGUCACCUGGGAAGAAGGAAAAGAUCCUCAAGGAUGUAAUGCUGGGAGAGACGGGUUCGAAGCAGCUUCACGAGAUCCUUUUCGAACUCCUUUUCUGUGGGAUGACACGACCUCCGCUGGUUUCUCCACGAAUCUUAAUACUUGGCUGCCGGUUAAUCCGGACUACAAAACAUUGAAUCUAAAAGUCCAGAAAGAAGCAGAGGACUCGCACUUCAAAUUUUACCAGGCGCUGGCUGAGCUCAGAUCCUGGCCAACAGCUCAGAAGGGCGACCUCCAGACUUACGUAAUCAGUGAUGAUAUCUUGGCAAUCUCCAGAAUAUUGGAGGAUCAUCGAUCGAUCUAUUUUGUAUUGAACUUUGGAGAUCAAAUACGAGUUGAGGAUCUCACUCAGAAAAUUGUGAACGUACCGGAAGAGCUCAUCAUUUACCGCGCCAGUGUUAAUUCCGGUCUUCCUAACGGGUCUACGAUUAAUCCGAAGAAUGCGCAGAUUCCAGCGCGUGGAGCUGUCGUCUACGUUGCACCGGACAUGUCCAAACGAUUUGAAGUUAAAUUAUUGUAAUUAUCGUUAUGACAUUACUGUGUCCACCUGUGUUUUGUUUAGAAUUUAUACAUUUUGCAUCAGAGUUUAAUUGCAUCCCUAUCCGCGAAUUUGAAAGGACUGAGGCCUCGCAGAUUCCAAAAAUAAUAUGACACUUUGAAAUAGCACCAAUUUUCCUUGAAUAGGCUCAAUUUGUUUAUCAUUUUCGUUAGGAUUUUAUAAGAAACUCAAAAUAUAUAUUGAUUGGUAUUGGAAAAAUGUGUUAAAGUAUUUAACAUUCAUUUUAUCCGCCAAAUUAAUUGAUUAAGUAACACUUUGAUCGGUCAUAACUCUUCCCACCGCAGUCUAAAAUAAAUUAAAUAGAGAUAAUUCUAAAUUAUAACAGGAAAGUGUUAUAAACUGUUGUUAAUUAAAUAAUGAAAAAUUUUACCUGAAUCAGAUUAA